AUGCACGGCGUAACAAAUUCAUCGCAAAUCGAGAAGCGGCUUGCUCUCUAUGAAGACAUAGGACGGAAUCGUGCGGCAUCAAUCCAGGUACUGAGUAGUGUUGGCUAUGAUGAGCCGGUCCCGAAAGCGGUGGCAGAGUACUUAGAAGGACGUCCUGUUCCGAACAAUAUGAAGGAGAUUAUUCAGUUGGAGUAUGGCGAUGAUGUGCUGCUUCGGACUAUUGAGGUUAUGACCGAAUUCGAUCCGACAUGGAAUAUUCCGGAUGGGUCUUUUCCAGCUGGAUACAAUAGCGAAGCAUACAGCUAG